UGUGUGUAUAUAUAUAUAUUCAUUAUAUAAUGAAUAUAUAUAUAUAUAUAUACACGUUGUAUACAAGUCUCAUCUAGUGUGUGUGCCAUUAAUCUCUCUCCACCAAACCCAGAAACAUUCCUCCAAGUAAAACCCGAAAGCAUCAUUCAUCAUCUGUCUUCUUUUGGUGACACACACACAUAUAUACACACCCACAUACACACACACAUAAAAAGAAAUCUUGAUGAGCAACUCAAGAUCGUACUGGAGAAAACAGAGAUGGGGAACACCGCCACAAACCCUAACGCCAUUGAUGGAAGGACCAGACCCAGAGAUGCAAGAAGAAGGCGCAAAGAAGGAGAGCUCAUGGGAAGUGAUUAGGGAAUGGUUUAGGGUUCAUAAGGGCAUUUCCGGUAAUUUGUCUUCUUCCUCGAUCCAGCCACUGAACAGUACUAACAAUGGCGGCGGUGGUUGUGUCGAUGGCGUUGCGAAGAGACAAGACAUUAGGCUUUUACUCGGCGUCUUGGGUUGUCCUCUUGCUCCCAUCUCCCUCAGUUCCGAUCCUAACGGAGACGACUCGUUUCUAAGCCCUGUUCACAUCAAGGAUGCUCCUCUUGAGACAUCGUCGGCUCAUUACAUAAUACAACAAUACCUAGCCGCGACAGGGUGCUUGAAACAGUCGAAGCCAGCCAAGAACAUGUACGCGACCGGCGUGAUGAAGAUGACGUGUUGCGAGACCGAGAUCGCCGCCGGUAAGACGGUGAAGACGGUGGGAGGUGGGCGGAAUGGAGAGAACGGGUGCUUUGUACUGUGGCAGAUGAAGCCUGGGAUGUGGUCGCUAGAGCUGUUGCUGGGUGGGACCAAGCUCAUCUCCGGCAGCGACGGCAAGACCGUGUGGCACCACACCCCCUGGCUCGGCACCCAUGCUUCCAAGGGUCCUCAACGUCCCCUCCGUCGUUUGAUCCAGGGCCUGGAUCCAAAAACAACGGCGGGCCUUUUCAUGAAGGCCCAAUGUCUCGGGGAGCGUCGCAUCGGAGACGACGACUGCUUCGUCUUGAAAGUCUCCGCCGACCGCUCCGCCUUGUCGGAACGGAGCGACGCCGGAGCUCCAGCAGAGGUUAUACGUCACGCUCUCUACGGAUACUUCUGCCAGAAGAGCGGUCUCCUGAUCUACCUCGAGGACUCGCAUCUCACAAGAGUCACGACGGCGAUGGCGACGUCUCCUCCGACGAAUUCUCCGGCUUCGGUGGAGGAUGAGGCGAUGUACUGGGAGACGACGAUCGGAAGCAGCAUCGGAGAUUACCGCGACGUCGACGGUGUCGCGGUGGCCCACUGCGGCCGCGCCGUCGCGACGGUGUUCAGGUUCGAGGAGGCGUCGUUGCAGUACAGCAGGAUGAGGAUGGAGGAGAUGUGGAGGAUAGACGACGUCGUUUUCGAUGUGCCUGGGCUUUCUCACGAUUCCUUCAUCCCUCCCGCUGAUAUAUUUGGAGAUGAUAAUCAUAAUAGUAAUUAUUAUGUUUAUAAUCAUAUAAAUUCUCGGUAAAAUGUUUUUUUUCUUCUUUUUAUUAACUUGUCUGAAGACGAUUUAAUUGGUGGGAUAAUGGUAUAUGUAUAUUUUGGCUUUA